GAAAAAAGAGACCAUUUUCGUUCUCAGCUUUUUCUGAGGAAAAAACAAAGAUGACUGAAAAGAUCAAAAACGCCUUGGCAUCAGUCAAAGGUUACACUACCAGAAAAGAUGAACAAAUGCCCACCUUCCAAUCCGAGGAGGAACUCAAACGCCAGAAGAGGAUCAAGUUGUUUACAUAUAUUGGCAUUUUCAUAGUGUUUCAAAUCAUAGUCAUGACUGUAUUUGGUCUCACUAUCAUGAAAGUGAAGACUCCAAAGGUGAGAUUGGGCACCACCAAUGUCCAAAAUCUCAACUUUGUUCCCACGACUCCUUCAUUUGACACAACCUUUGCAACCCAAAUCAGGGUCAAGAACACAAAUUGGGGUGCCUAUAAGUUCGAUGCAGGCAUUGCAACGUUCAUGUACCAAGGUGUAGCAGUGGGGCAAGUUUCUAUUCCAAAGAGCAAGGCCGGAAUGCGUUCCACCAAAAAGAUCAAUGUCGAGGUGAGUUUGAAUUCCAAUGGAUUGCCAAGCACUUCCAAUCUUGGAAGUGAAUUGAGCAGUGGCGUAUUAACUUUGACCAGCGAAGCUAAAUUGACUGGAAAAGUUGAAUUGAUGCUUAUAAUGAAAAAGAAGAAAGCCGCCACAAUGAACUGUGCCAUGAAAGUUGAUUUGUCCACAAAGACAAUUCAAGCUUUGGAAUGCAAAUGAUCAGCAGAGAGCGGAAUUGUGGCACUUUGUAUAUAGCGUCUGUAAAUUUGGUGAUGGAGAAUGAGAUUAGGCUAUAGGUGUGGUUUUGGGAGUAGUUCUUAAUUCUUUGAUUGGU